AUGUCCCCCAGCGCCUUCUCUUCCCUCCCCAGGGACCUCCUGAGACGUCGCGGGGCGUCCGCGCCCGGCUUUGUCUGCGCCCAGGAAACGCGCCCGCCGGGCGCCCCGGGUGCUCCCUCAGCACUCAGCCCCCGGGUCCCGCCUGCCCACCCCCACGCAACCCCCGCCCCGGUACCACAGCCACCCGGCUCCACAGCCACCCGGCUCCACCACCGCUGCCCCCGACGCGAGGAGGAGGCGCGGCACCCACCGCCCUCUCCGCCUCCGGGGACGUUGGGCACCCUCGCCCUCCCACCCGAGAGCCGCGCUGGCUGCCGGAGCCCCGGGCCGGCCAAGCCUCGGGACCGCUUCGGGCCCCUCACCCUCCCGCGGCGGCCGCAGCCGCAGCCCCAGCCUGCGCCCCAGCGGGGCCGGCAGCCGGGGGUCGGGGAGCGGGCGCGCGCCGCCUGGCUUCCUCCUCCAGCCACCGCUGGGACCUUAGGGGCCCGAGCCAGCAGCCGCGGCCUGUGUGGGGCCCCGCUCCGCCUCGCGUCCCCAGCCCACCCCGCCCAGUCCGCUCAGGCCCGGCCUCCGCUCCGCCUCGGGGCGGGGCCGCGCCGGACUCCUCCCCCCGGCCCGGCCCGCCGGGGGCGGGGAGGCUGGAGGCCGUCUUUGCGGAGAACGCCACUGUCCCUGUCUCCGGACUCGGACCCAGCGCUCCCCGCCUCCGGACUCGGACCCAGCGCUCCCCGCCUGGGCCCACGGCCCCCGCCUCAAGCUGGCCGCCGAACGUCUCCACCUGUCCACCCCCAAUAA